UUUCAGGUUUAUCUGAAUUCUGCAAAACCCUUUUCUGCUUUUCAUAGAUCUUACAUGUAUUCUCUUCAGAAUUUCGAAACCCCAAAUUUCCCUGCAACUCUUUCCAUGUCCACCAUGAACAACGCCAAUACCAACAACACAAACCCCUCACCGGCGGCGGCGGCCAUCGUCUCCUUCUCCCCUCCUCCCGCUUCUUCGUCCACUUCUCCUUCCACCACUCUCAGCCGCUACGAGAACCAAAAACGCCGUGACUGGAACACUUUCGGGCAAUACCUCCGUAACCACCGCCCUCCACUCUCCCUCUCCCGCUGCAGCGGCGCCCACGUUCUCGAAUUCCUCCGCUAUCUCGACCAGUUCGGAAAAACCAAAGUCCACACUCCACUGUGCCCUUUCUUCGGUCACCCUAACCCUCCAGCUCCAUUCCCUUGUCCCCUCCGUCAAGCUUGGGGUAGCCUCGAUGCUCUCAUCGGACGCCUCAGAGCCGCCUUUGAGGAACACGGCGGCAAGCCGGAAGCAAACCCUUUCGGAGCUAGAGCUAUUAGGCUCUACCUACGUGAGGUUCGUGAUUCGCAGUCCAAAGCAAGAGGCAUAAGUUACGAGAAGAAGAAAAGAAAGCGACCACCUCAAUUAGCGCAUCAGCCACCUCCUUCUUCCACUUCUUAAAUGGAAAUCAAAACCAGUAAGUUCAAAAUAAGCACG